AUGAAUACCAACGAAAAACUUCAACCAUAUAUUAGAAGAUCUCAAUUAGGACGAGACCAAAUUAUCCAGCAACAACAACCAGCCGUACGGAAUGGCACCAAAAUGGCCAUUUUGAAAUGGAUUAUUAUAAUGGAGAUGUUAAUCAAAAAGAAUAAACGCUUGAUUCAGCAACAGUACGAACAUUGGACAAACGAUCCUAUACGGCAAUAA